AUUCCACUGUAAAUAUGGCCUGUGUGUCUCUUCAUUUAUGACGUACAGUGUCCAAUAAACCAAAGAGAAGGAGAGAGCGAUCAAUCAACCCACAUGGCAAUGACUAGAUUUAGAGCUCUAGUUUCCUCGUUCAACUUCAAGUCUCCGUUAAUAUUUCCUCCUUUUCAAUCCUCUCCAAUCCGUAGAUUCUCUUCAUCCCAGUUUGAGAGUAUUGGAUUUAUAGGGCUGGGAAAUAUGGGAUUCAGAAUGGCACAAAAUCUAAUGAAGGCUGGGUACAAACUGACUGUUCAUGACAUAAACUGUAAUGUCAUGAAGACAUUCUUUGACAUGGGCGCUCUUACAAAAGAAACACCUUCUGAAGUUGCAGAAGCAAGUGAUGUUGUAAUUACAAUGUUGCCUUCAUCAUCUCAUGUAUUGGAUGUUUACAAUGGACCAAAUGGCUUGCUUAAGGGAGGGAAUUUCCUAAGACCACGACUAUUGAUAGACUCGUCUACUAUUGAUCCCCAAACUUCAAGAAAAAUUUCUGCUUCAGUAUCUAAUUGUACUUUAAAAGAUAAGAAAGAUUUAUGGGAGAACCCUUUCAUGUUGGAUGCUCCUGUCUCUGGAGGUGUUCUUGCUGCUGAAGCUGGUACACUUACUUUCAUGGUCGGUGGCUCUGAGUAUGCCUAUUUAGCUGCCAAACCUAUAUUCCUUGCAAUGGGCAAAAACACAAUUUACUGUGGUGGAGCAGGGAAUGGCUCAGCAGCCAAGCUUUGCAACAAUUUGGCAAUGGCCGUGAGCAUGCUUGGGGUAUCAGAAGCCCUUUCUCUUGGCCAGUCACUUGGAAUAACGGCCAGUACAUUGACAAAGAUAUUUAAUUCUUCUAGUGCUCGCUGUUGGAGUAGUGAUGCUUAUAAUCCAGUUCCAGGAGUGAUGGAAGGGGUGCCCUCGUCAAGGAAUUAUGGUGGUGGAUUUGCAGCUAAGUUAAUGGCCAAGGACUUAAACCUUGCUGCUGCAUCAGCAAAAGAUAUUGGCCGUGAAUGUCCAUUAACAUCCAAAGCUCAAGAGAUCUGCUCGGAUCAGCCGUUUCUGUCUAGAGUCAAGACUUUCCCAAUUCGAUACACAAAACUUUGUGAAGACGGCCAUGAAUCUGAGGACUUCUCCGGUGUUUUUCGCCAUUAUUAUUCCGGCAAGGAUGAGGUUUAACUUCACCCUUCAAGGAUCUUUCUUUCAGAGUAAAAUGUUCGAAGAUUUUGAGCUUCAUUUGGAAGAUAUUCUCCAAAUAUUAGUUUCUAAGAGGGUGGUGAGAAGUUUUUCAUCCUUUCACAAAUGUGCGUCCAUGUGUGUUUGGGUUUGAAAAAUGUUAAGGGCGUAAAUAUAAAAUUUUAAAUUUUUAGGA